AUGUUCCAAAAUUGUGAAUAUCCAGUUUAUGGCAACUUUCAAAUAGCAUAUUACUUUCGAGGCUACCCCAUGCCAGGAAAUGCUACUGUCCAAAUUAUUCCAUUACCUACACUGCUUACUGCAAUGGCAUUUUCCGCAGUAGGCAUAGUUGGAAAUGGAUUGAUUAUCGUAGCUACUGUCACGUCUUCUAAAUUAAGAAGUCGUUGCGGUAUCUUGAUUUGUUUACUGGCAAUAGCAGAUUUUGUCGUCGCUGCUUACCUGGCACAUCUUGCGACAAGAAUCCGUUGCUUCAAGAUUCAUCUUCGCAUACUAUUGCUCAAUGGAUCUUACAUCCAUAGCAACGUUGAGUGCUACCUUCAAAGUAUCUAUGGUCUCUUUGCACUACAUGUUCAAGCUGGGAUGGGACUCUCAAUUGGCAUAGACAGACUUCUUGCUGUUGCAUCGCCUAUC